UUUUUACACAGACAACACACAGCAACUUGGAAAACAGGCUCACAGAAACUCAGAUUACAUCAAGGCAUUCCUUAUGGUCUGUGUUUGAGGUGAAAUCUGAAGCAAGUGGGUUAACUGUUGUCAUGUAGCUCUCAUAUCCUUUUAUUGUAUGACCAGAAAGGCUUUCCUGGGAUCCUGGCAGAGCCAGCCUGCCCUGCCUUUCCCAUUUUUGCAGAGCAGUUUCAGGAUCCUGCUGGUAAUUAUCAGAUUUGUUCCUCUAGCAGCUCCCUGCAGUUUCCUGUUCCUCAGAAAACCACAGGAGCUGAGAGGAAGCCCUUUCUUAAGGAGUUCUGCUUCCAGCUGCAGCAUGCAAAAAUCACCCUUCAUUCCUCUUUCUAUCUCUUCUUUCCUACGAGUGUGUUGCCAGUUUGUCUCUCAGCUCUUGGUUUUCCUGAUUUUCACUUAAAAAACCUGUCAGUUUGAUGCCUCUCUACUCCUAUAACGUAGUCAUGCAAGACAAGGUUCCAAUUCUAGCAUCUUCCACUUAGUCAUAAAUAACUCAUAGUACUUUAUUUCACCUGUAUAAAACACUGUGAGGUAGUUCAGCUGCUUCGGCAAAGAACAUUUCUUGGCCCUUGAUCAUAGGUGCAGUUCUAGCCCGAACAAUUAAAAAGGCAAGGUAUCCUUGAGGAGAGUAGCCAGGGAACAGCAUUUCUCACAAACUGUAUUUCAGCAUUUUGUCACAGUGAGCCUUGAGUCAGUUUCCACACUACUUUUUCAACUCUCUAUUAUUUUAUGUUAUAUUGCAAAAACCCAGAUGCAUAAGGAAUUUUUAAAUACGAAAAAAGACUGGCACUCCAUUUGGCUCAACUGUGUAACAAUUUUCCCAAACUACCAAACUAUUUCUGCCAAAGAAAAUUUGCCAGUAGAUGCUCUGAGUUGCUUCUAAGUAUUAGAACCUGAAACUUACGAUGAAAAGCUUGAAUCCUACAAACCUGCUACUUGGCCAAGCCCUUUCCACUUAGUACAGUCUGCUACAUACUAUGUAAUCUUUUAUCCGGGCACUGUCUGCUGUGGCAAAAGCAGGUGUGGGAAGCAGUCUGGGGCAGUGAAUGGCUGGUAGUCGUGUCAGCUCAGUGCUGCUGUCAAGUUUCACAGUCAUCAAAGAGAUCUGGAAAAAACAAGAAGCAGAUUUUGUGGUGCUGUGAAGUGUUGUCACCUCUCAGUCAAAGCCCUGGCAGCAGGAACUCAGUGCAGCUUGGCUGUGCUGCAGGACACAGCCCAACAGCCCAGCCUCAGCAAAACAAUCCAGAUUGGACUGAGAGACGCCCACAGCUCUGUCUGGAGAUGAUGUGCUAAGAAGGAAACGCAGAAGUUCACAAAGAAGAUAAUUUUUGGUGAAUGAGAAGGGCAAAGAGGAGCAUUAUUUGUCACCUUCAGCCAGAAUGUUGUCUUACAUCUGCCUGAACUGGGUUCUCCUGGUGCUAUUCACAGGCUCCACAGUAUCGGAAUUAGUUGUGAUGGGAGAGGUUGGUCAGAAUGUCACUGUGCCCUGCCACUACAGUGUGGGGGACAGAAAUGGCAUCACAUCCAUGUGCUGGGGUCGGGACAGGUGCCCCAGCUCAAAGUGCUCCCGGCCCAUUAUCUGGACAGAUGGCUGGAGGGUGACACAGCAGCACAGCAGCAGGUACCAACUGAAAGGGGACCUGCAGAGCGGGGACGUGUCCCUGACGAUCGUGAACGCCAGGGAAGCAGACUCUGGGAUCUAUUGCUGCCGUGUGGAGCCCCCAGGCUGGUUCAAUGAUCAAUUAAUUAAUCACAAGGUUGUGGUAAAUAAAGCAACGAUCUCUACUGCAAGUCCUCACACUUACACCCCUGAACAGACCUCAGCUCCUGGCAGCACCAGUGAAUCCUCCUUUACUACCACAAGGACCUGGCCAUCGGUUUCUGCUUCAGAAGCUCCUCAGACUGCCUCUACUCCGUGCUCAGGACUCUCAGACUGCUUGGAUAGGACUACAAACCAGCAGAACACGUCUGUAUCGCUGCCCAGUCAGCAGCACCCAGAACGUGGGCUGUACAUUGGGGUUGGCUCAUGUGCAGCACUUCUGCUCAUCCUGAUUUUGGCUCUGUUCCUCACUAAACAAUAUUUUUACAACACAAAGAAGAUGGGUGGUUCUGCAGGCUUUGUUGUAUUUCAGAGGCCACAAGGUGUGGGGAGCCAUACUGCCCUGGAAGAUGAGAGUCAUGCAGAGGAAAAUGUUUAUAUCAUGGACUACCCCCUGGUGAGCUUGGAAUCAUCCCCACGUGUCCUGUCAGUGGAUACCAGGGAGGAGAGAUCAGCACUUCCCUGUCCACAUCCCCUCCUCAGGAAGCUACAGAGAGCUCUGAGCUCCUCUCAGCCCCCUUUUCUCCAGCCCUGGAUCCUCAGCUGCUCCUUGCAGGACGUUCAUUCCAGCCCUUGCCACCUGCUCAGCUGGCACCAUCUGGGUACAUUUAAGUACCUGAAUGUCCUUAAAUGGUGCAGACAGAGCUCCAAGUGUGGCUGCAGCAGCGCUGAACACACUGGGAGAUCCCCUCUCUGGCCAGUUCCUAUCCGGAAGCGUAGGAAAGAAACGCAGCGUGUAAAAUCUGGAAAUGGAGAAAUGAGACUUCAGUGGGACUCACUCAGCGCCUCUGGAAAGGAAAAGAUCUGGUUUUCUCUUCUUCCACUUGCUGCCCUGGUGUCUCCAUCAGCCAGAAUGUCCCAUUUUGUGCUGUUUCACUGGAUGAUGAUACAGAUCUUUAUAGCACACACGGUGUCUGAAGCAGUUGUGAGAGGAACAACAGGACAACCUGUGACACUGCCCUGCUCCUACCGCGUGACGCACCGCACGGGCAUCUCCGACAUGUGCUGGGGCAGAGGCCCCUGCCCCAAUUCAAAGUGCAGGAACAAAAUUUUGCACACCACUAGCAGUGAGGUGACGUUCAGAGUGUCGCAGAGGUACAACCUGCACGGCUCCGUGUCCUUCGGGGACGUGUCCCUCACCAUCGGGGCGGUGAAGGCGGAGGAUGCGGGAAUUUACUGCUGCCGUGUGGAGAUCCCCGGCCCGUUCAACGACAUCAAGCGGAACAUACGGCUGGAGGUGGCCAGAGCCCCUCCGGUGACCACCACAACCACCACCACCACCACCACAGCUCCUGUUUUCUCCAAAUAUAUUACAGAAACAACUUUUGCUCCUCAAGCAACCUCUGAUCUCCAGCCAACACCAGAGACUGCAGUCUGGCUGACAAACAGCAUCCUUCUACCAGAAACCACAGCCCCUGAGUCUCCAACAGUGACUACAGGGGAGAUCUCUGCUCCCUCAACAAUUUCUAGCACAGAAAAUGACAUUUUUACUGUAACUAUGGUGGAAACGAGUGCUCCCCCAGAUUUUCCAACUACUUCCCAAGCAGCUGAUGUGAUGACUGAAGAUGUCAUGCUCUCCUCCACACUCCCUGGAAGUACAGAGGUGACUUCUGAACUCCCAGGUACACUUCCAACUUCAGUGAUUACUGAAUUCCCAGGUACACUUCCAGCUUCAGUGAUUACUGAACUCCCAGGUACACUUCCAGCUUCAGUGAUUACCGAAUUCCCAGGUACACUUCCAGCUGCAGAGGAAACCAGCAGCUCUGUCAUGAUAGAAGAGAUGUCAGUCAUGGAGGUUUCAGCAAAUUCAGAUGGCAGUGCUGGGAAACAUGAAGAUAGACGAGAUAAGGUAAAAUCUCCUUUUCCCAGCUCUGCCAUUCUCAUUGCCUGUGUCAUAGGGGGUUCAAGCCUUCUCAUACUGAUGAUCUCCUUGGUUUGGAAACGUAAACAGGCAAAGAAGUUUAUAGUAAAAAGUGUUGGACCACCAGAAGAGACUGACAGAGUUUUCAGUGGUGCUGAAGGAGAAAACAACAUUUUUUCCCUGUGAAGAGCUCCUACAUCAUCUGCAGAUGCCAUGGGAAAUAAAAAGGGCCUGUUCCAUGCUGCACUGAGAGAUACUUGUGAGCCCUCAAAAUAUCAGCGGGUAUAAAACAAAGGCCAAAGCUUCAACUAUGAAAAUUUAAAAUCUUUGUGCAAAUUUUAUCAUGUCACCCUUAAAACUCAUUGCAUAAAGAAGCUUAUUUGAGAAGGGGCUUUAUGCAUUAUUCAUGGAUGCUUCUGGCAUCUGCCUUCUUACUAACACCAUGUUGCACAAUUGAAUUCAUUUUUCUCCAUUUUUACUAAUGCUCUUCCUUGAAUACAACUUGUACUGUGAGGAACAGAAGAGAUCACAUGGAAGGCUGCCUAUCUUCAAAUUUCCAUAAAGAAAGAAAAGGAAUCAUAAAAUACAGUUUUUAAUGCUUUUAUGUAAUCAACAGAAAAAUUAGGCUACAAGAAUGCUGUGAGUUUAAAUAAAAAUUGGAGAUUAUUUAAGGGGUAUCACUACUGCCUGUGAUUCAGCAUAUUUGAAUAACCCUUGGAGAAUAUAUUAAUAAACUUUGUAAUUUGUCGCUGGCAA